AAAAUCUCACCACUUCGUUUUAUCAUCAUCGCUCUCUUUGCAAAUUGCAAUCAAAAGCAUAUAACACACGCACUCUCUCUCUUUCUCUCGCGUUCUCUCAUCUUCCGUUCUUUGAUUAAGACUUACGAGUUCGGUUCUGUCCGGUUCUUCUCACUGCCAUUCAAACGGUUCUCCCGGAUUUGAAUAUCCUGGGGUUCGAUCGUGCCGCUCUUGAGGAUCUCCAUUUCCGCGUGAUUCGAAUGCCGUAGACGCUGGGCUUGGACUGGUAGCUGAGAGCGAGGCGGACUGAGGGGAACGACCUCCAUUUCUUAUGGCGGCGUUUCCGUUCCUCGCUGAUGAUGAGAUUAUCAUCUUUCAAUUGCUUCUAAUGUUGGUCAGAGUUUUUGUCUCCUGGAGAUAAGAGGAAGCUGUCACAGUUGCUGGUAUUUGUUAAUAGGGAAGGUUGAUCUACAGCCAUGCCUUCUCUUCAACUGUUGCAAUUAACUGAUCAUGGUCGAAGUUUUCUGGCCUCCAGGAGGAAAACUCUACUACUUGCCACUGGUAUCUUAGCUGCUGGAGGGACUGCUGCGUAUGUGCAAUCACGGUUUAACUCUAGAAAGCCUGGUUCUUAUCAGCAUCACAAUGGGCUCAAUGAUGAUAAAGAAAAAUCAGAGGAGGUGUUUAGAGAUGAUAAUAAUGUAAAGAAAACCACAAAAAAGAAAGGAGGAUUGAAGUCAAUUCAAGUUCUUGCUGCAGUUUUACUGUCCGAGAUGGGCAAAAUGGGUGCGAGGGACCUCUUAGCUUUAGUGGCCAUAGUGGUGUUGCGAACUGCUUUAGGGAACAGGCUAGCGAAAGUGCAAGGAUUUCUAUUCCGUGCUGCUUUUCUUCGACGUGUACCAUUAUUUUUUCGGUUGAUUUCGGAAAAUAUUUUAUUAUGUUUCCUUGUUUCAGCCAUGCAUUCAACUUCAAAGUACAUUACAGGGGCCCUAAGUCUGCGGUUCAGAAAAAUAUUGACAAGACUUAUCCAUGCUCAUUAUUUUGAGAAUAUGGCUUAUUACAAAAUAUCACAUGUUGAUGGCCGGGUAAAUAAUCCUGAACAACGAAUUGCAAGUGAUGUGCCAAGGUUCUGUUCAGAGUUGAGUGAACUUGUACAGGAUGAUCUAACAGCAGUCACUGAUGGUCUGCUUUAUACUUGGCGUCUUUGUUCUUAUGCCAGCCCCAAAUACGUGUUGUGGAUAUUGGCAUACGUAGCAGGGGCAGGGGUCAUGAUUAGAAACUUCACUCCUGCUUUUGGGAAACUAAUGUCCAAAGAACAACAAUUGGAAGGAGAUUAUCGGCAACUUCAUUCACGGUUAAGGACCCAUGCAGAGAGUAUAGCAUUUUAUGGUGGAGAAAGAAGAGAAGAAUUUUAUAUUCAGCGGAAGUUUAAAACCCUGAUUAGGCAUAUGAGUAUUGUUAUUCACGAUCAUUGGUGGUUUGGCAUGAUUCAGGACUUCUUUCUGAAGUAUCUUGGUGCUACUGUUGCUGUUAUCCUCAUUAUUGAGCCCUUCUUUUCUGGCCAUCUGAGACCUGAUACUUCAACCAUUGGGCGUGCAGAGAUGUUGAGCAAUUUAAGAUAUCAUACUAGUGUCAUAAUUUCCCUAUUUCAGUCUCUUGGAACACUUUCUAUAAGUUCAAGACGACUUAAUCGUCUCAGUGGUUAUGCUGACCGCAUUCAUGAGUUAAUUGUCAUAUCAAAAGAGCUAAGUGCGGUUAAUGAUAAAUCUCCUCUGCGGAGAGAUGGAAGUUCUAAUUACAUUUGUGAAGCUAAUUACAUUGAAUUUGCUGGUGUCAAGGUUGUUACACCCUCUGGUAAUGUCUUGGUGGAUAAUUUGACGCUUAGAGUUGAGUCAGGAUCUAAUCUUUUGAUCACAGGUCCAAAUGGUAGUGGGAAGAGCUCACUUUUCCGAGUUCUAGGAGGCCUCUGGCCUCUAGUAUCUGGCCACAUCGUGAAACCUGGAGUUGGUUCUGAUCUAAAUAAGGAGAUUUUCUAUGUGCCACAGCGACCAUACACAGCUGUAGGGACACUUAGGGACCAGUUAAUUUAUCCUCUUACUGCAGAUCAUGAGGUUGAAUCUCUCACUCAUAGUGGAAUGGUGGAGCUAUUAAAAAAUGUUGACCUUGAGUACCUAUUAGAUCGUUACCCACCUGAGAAAGAGAUAAACUGGGGUGAUGAACUAUCUCUGGGUGAGCAGCAAAGAUUGGGGAUGGCCAGACUGUUUUACCAUAAGCCUAAAUUUGCAAUUCUUGAUGAGUGCACUAGUGCUGUCACAACUGAUAUGGAGGAACGUUUUUGUGCUAAAGUCCAAGCAAUGGGAACAUCAUGCAUAACUAUAUCACAUCGACCAGCACUAGUUGCAUUUCAUGACGUGGUGUUGUCCUUGGAUGGUGAAGGAGGCUGGAGGGUUCAUUAUAAAAGGGAGGAUUCUCCAGUCCUUACCCAAGCAGAGAUUGCUAUGAAGCCUUCUGAGACAGAUCGCCAGAGUGAUGCAAUGACAGUUCAACGAGCGUUUUCCAUGAGUGGAAAGAAUUCUUCACUCUCAAAUUCCAAAGCACAAUCAUACAUUACAAAGGUGAGAGCAGUGUCCCCCUCUGUGGAUCAAACAGUUCCAUUGCCAGUGUUUCCACAACUCCAAACAACUCCAAGGGUGUUGCCAUUGAGAGUAGCUGCCAUGUUGAAAAUAUUGGUACCAACAUUACUUGAUAGACAAGGAGCACAAUUGCUUGCGGUUGCUUUUUUUGUUGUAUCAAGAACAUGGGUCUCAGAUCGUAUUGCCUCACUGAAUGGAACCACCGUGAAGUAUGUUUUGGAGCAGGAUAAGGCAUCCUUUAUUCGGUUAAUUGGUGCUAGUGUUCUUCAAAGUGCUGCAUCUUCUUUCAUUGCACCUUCUUUAAGGCACUUGAAAGCCAGGCUGGCCCUUGGGUGGAGGAUCCGUUUGACUCAACACUUACUGAAGAACUAUUUGAGAAAUAAUGCAUUUUAUAAGGUCUUUCACAUGUCAAGCAAAAGUGUUGAUGCAGAUCAGAGAAUAACUCAUGAUCUGGAAAAGCUGACUACCGAUUUGUCAGGACUGGUUACUGGAAUGGUAAAGCCAUCUGUGGACAUUAUCUGGUUCACCUGGAGAAUGAAGCUGUUAACAGGUCAGAGGGGAGUUGCCAUAUUGUAUGCUUACAUGUUACUGGGUCUGGGUUUUUUAAGAACCGUUACUCCUGACUUUGGUGAUUUGGCAAGUCAAGAACAACAGCUUGAAGGAAUCUUUAGGUUCAUGCAUGAAAGACUGCGUACUCAUGCUGAAUCUGUUGCUUUCUUUGGGGGUGGUACUCGAGAAAAAGCUAUGAUUGAGUCAAGAUUCAGGGAGCUUCUCAAUCACUCAAUGUCACUUUUGAAAAAGAAAUGGCUGUUCGGUAUACUUGAUGAUUUUAUCACGAAGCAACUCCCACAUAAUGUGACUUGGGGAUUGAGCUUGUUAUAUGCAAUGGAGCACAAGGGUGACCGAGCAAUGGUUGCCACUCAAGGUGAGCUGGCACAUGCAUUGCGGUUCUUAGCUUCUGUUGUAUCUCAAAGCUUUUUAGCUUUCGGUGACAUUCUUGAAUUGCAUAAAACAUUCAUUGAGCUCUCUGGUGGCAUUAACCGGAUUUUUGAGCUUGAAGAACUUCUACAUGCUGCACAGUCAGCAGAUUCUAUGUCUGAAAGUAAGUCGCCAUCUAAGAGGAGAGAUCUUUACUCUGAAGAUGCCAUUUCCUUCUCUGAGGUGGAUAUAGUUACUCCAGCACAGAAAAUGUUGGCUAGGCAGUUGACAUGUGACAUAGUACCAGGGGAAAGCCUGCUUGUAACUGGUCCAAAUGGGAGUGGGAAAAGUUCAGUCUUCAGAGUCCUUAGAGGUCUAUGGCCUGUUGUAAACGGAAGACUCACUAAACCAUCCCAACAUAUUGAUGAAGAGGCUGGAUCUGGAUGUGGCGUCUUCUAUGUUCCUCAGCGACCUUAUACAUGCUUAGGAACCCUGAGGGACCAAAUUAUAUAUCCUCUCUCAUGUGAGGAAGCAGCGUUGAGGGCACUUAAAUUAUAUGGAAAAGGUCAAAAUGUUGCUGACACCAAAAGCAUUCUGGAUUCACGUUUGAAAACUAUUUUGGAGAAUGUUCGAUUAAAUUAUCUUUUGGAAAGAGAAGAAGGUGGUUGGGAUGCUGAUCUGAAAUGGGAAGACAUUCUUUCUCUUGGAGAGCAGCAGAGAUUAGGCAUGGCGCGCUUAUUCUUUCACAAGCCUAAAUUUGGCAUCCUUGAUGAGUGUACCAAUGCAACAAGUGUUGAUGUUGAAGAACACCUUUAUAGGCUUGCAAAGGAUUUGGGCAUCACGGUUGUUACCUCCUCACAACGUCCGGCCCUAAUACCGUUCCAUUCGUUUGAAUUGCGGCUAAUUGAUGGCGAGGGCAACUGGGAACUUCGAUUAAUCGAGCAAUAAAUUCAACUCUGCUAGCAUCUGCAAUGACUUCCAUUUACCGAGUAAGAUGUUCCUAAUUCUUGCACGUUGAGAUGGGAGCAAGCCAAAGUUGGAUUUGCUAAUCAAAUUGAUUUUUUUUUUUUGGCACGUGCCGUGAAUUAUUGUUCUGUAUACUUCGGGGGGGCUCAAAGCAGAAGCCAAUUAGAUCAAUCCAAGUGCAGAAACUAUUAAACAAUGGAUAAUAUGAUUGUAGCAUACAAGCAUGUCAUAGCUUCUGUAGCAUAAAGAUAUCCUAUUUGUACAGUUUUUUUUUUUUUUGUUUGUUUGUCCUUCCCUAUUUUUCCUUUCCCUUUUUAUUAGCUAUUUGGUCAGUCAUAUGUUGUAAGAAUUCGAAAUCUAUCAUAUUGAUUAGCCCCCAUUAAUAAAAUGGCAGAAGUAAAAGUUUUUACUUUUUUA